CCCCUCAGCGCCCUCCUCUCUCCUGCUCCUCUCUCCGUCUCCCCCGACCAGAGCCACGCCGCCGGCCAGCUUCCUCCUCUCUCCCAGCACCCGCCCGCCUGUCCGGCGUCCCCGAGCAGCCGCACGCCCGCACGCCGCCGGCCAGCACCUGCCCGUCAACCCAUCCUCGAGCACCCGCACGCCGCCGGCCAGCACCUGCCCGUCAACCCGUCCCCGAGCAGCCGGCUCCGCGCCCGUCGCUCCUCCGACCGGCGCCGCGCCCGCCCGUCCCCGAGCAGCUGGCUCCGCGCCCGUCGCUCAUCUGGCCGGCGCCGCGCCCGCCCGUCCCCAGCAGCCGGCUCCGCGCCCGUCGCUCGUCCGGCUGGCGCCGCGCCCGCCCGUCCCCGAGCAGCCGGCUCCGCGCCCGUCGCUCGUCCAGCCGGCGCCGCGCCCGCCCAUCCCCGAGAAGCCGCACUCCACGCCGCUCGUUCGUCCUUCCAGCACCGCGCCCCUCGCCUGCCUGUCCAUCAUCGUCAGCGUGCAGCACCGCCGUCGCCGCCGCGUUCAACUCCGGCGCCGCCGCGAGAAGCUCCUCCGUCUCCGCCACGUGAAGCUCCGCCAGCUCGCCAGCGCUGCGUGAAGCUCCACCCUCCUCUCUUCCGCGGCUCGUCCUCCCUCCUACACGGCCGCCAAACAACAAUAGGGCAUGACCAGACGUUGACCAUGACGAUGCGCGACGCGGCCCUCUCGGCGUUGUUGGGCGAGCAGCUCAGUUCCGGCGAGCUCCGCCUCAAUCUGAUUUGGUUCUGUAUGAGUUUGCUGCUUUACUAGUGUCGUUGUCCCCUUUUGGGUGUGCGUCCUUAGUUGAUCUUAGUUUUUAAUUCUGUCAUUUAGGCUUGUAGUCUUUGCUGGGGCAGCGGUGGGGCUGUCCUCCGCGUGCUGAUUUGGUACUGUGUAAGACAAUUUGGUUUCUUUGCUAUGUAAUGGAGCCGGACCUCUUGUGCUC